GACUAUUUUCCGGUUGACGUCAUCCCAGACUUCCCUGUGUUGACUAUGCUGCCAUUUUCUAAUAUGUCCGCCCCCGAGGAAGACACGUUUUCCAACGAAGAGGGGGAAAUGGGAGAGAUGGAAGCGAGUGACAGUGAUGACGGGAUGGAUGAAGAGAAAGAUGAGGGAGAAGGACCAAAUAAAGUUUAUGUCCCCGGAAUAGAGCCUCUAAAACCAGGAGAAGAGCUUGAAAUGGACCGGUCCGCGUACCGCUUGUAUCACGAGUGUCAGACGGGUGCUCCUUGUCUGAGUUUCGAUGUAUUGAGAGAUGAGGACGGAGACGGAAGGGAACAGUUUCCCAUGUCCAUGCUGCUGUGUGCAGGUACACAGGCAGAAUCUGCUAACCUUAACAGACUCCUAGUCAUGCGCAUGCACAACCUGUAUGGCACAGAGAAAGAGAAAGAAGAGGAAGAGAGCAGUGAUGGGGAGAGUGAUGAUGAUGAAGAAGAUGAAGACAAGAAGCCUCAGUUAGAACUGGCUAUGGUUCCACAUUAUGGGGGAAUCAACAGAGUUAGGGUGAUCCAGCAUGGGGAGCUGUCAUUGGCUGCUGUGUGGUCAGAGAAAGGUCAAGUGGAAAUUUUUGACCUCAGACCACAGCUGGAGGCAGUUCAUAGCUCAGCUGCCAUGGAAACAUUCCUGAAGGAACAACAGAAGGAGGCCACACCCAUAUUUAGUUUUUCAGGUCACAUGACUGAAGGCUUUGCCAUUGAUUGGUCAACCAAAGUACCUGGUCGCUUGGCCAGUGGAGACUGCAAGAAGAAUAUCCAUGUAUGGGAACCGCGAGAAGAUGGGUCUUCCUGGCAGAUUGAUCAACGACCUUUCAGCUCCCACAGCAAGUCAGUAGAGGACCUCCAGUGGUCACCUACUGAAGCAACGGUUUUUGCCUCCUGCUCAGUGGACCAGUCCAUUCGCGUCUGGGACAUCCGUGCUCGGCCUAACUCCAUGCUCUCAGCUGAUCAGGCCCACUCCUCAGAUGUAAAUGUAAUCAGUUGGAAUCAGACUGAACCAUUCCUCCUGUCAGGGGGUGACGAUGGACUGCUGAAAGUAUGGGACUUAAGGCAAUUUCAGUCUGGCCGACCGGUUGCCACCUUCAAACAGCACAGUGCCCCUGUGACGUCUGUGCAGUGGAACCCCCUGGACUCCAGUGUCUUUGCUGCUUCGGGUGCUGACGAUGUGGUCAGCCAAUGGGAUCUUUCCGUGGAGUCGUGUGACAUGGGAGCAAACGCAGAUGCCUUGAAGGAGUUGCCGCCACAGUUGCUGUUCCUCCAUCAGGGCCAGACGGAAGUGAAAGAAAUCCACUGGCACCCGCAGGUUCCAGGAGUUUUAAUCUCAACGGCCUUGUCAGGCUUCAAUGUAUUUAGGACAAUCUCCGUUUAGCGUGUGCCGUUCACCCUGUGCCAUUCAUGGUCAGUGUGUACUGUUCACACAUCUCCUUAUCUUGUUUCUUAUUUUCAUUUGAAGACAGUGUCCAUGUCCUGCUUUUAGGUUCUCCAUCAGAAUUCAGGGCUUGUCCAUGCGUGUAAUAAAACUUUCAAAUAAUCAAAA